GUUUUUGCCCAUUGCUUGAACACUAUAGACCCAUGCUUAGACCAAAGUAACACAACUUGAAGUUUUUGUUACUAUACCUUAAACACAUGUAACCAUACCUUAAACAAAAGCGCUGCUUUGCACUUUAGUUGCAAUUCUGCAACACACUUACUCCUUUCUGCAACACACUUGCUCCUUUCUGCAACACACUUGCUCCUGCACACUACACACUAUUUCAUACAUAAGACACUUUGUUCAAAAAUGAAAUCUCAGGGUACCAUUGGGAAGACACAGCUAUUCAAAAUACAAAACACAUCGGGUAAUUGAAAACACUAAGAUACACACUUGAAAAUACUUACUUACAACACUGAACACCAAUCAGCCAGCUACAAAAAGGCCUCAGUUAAGCCAUUUUGAGAACUUUGCAAGCAUGGAUGCAUGGAGAGCAAGAGGCAGAGGUAGAGGAAGAGGAAGAGGAGGACGCGGUCGAAGAGGCCAUGCACGGACCGUUAUUUCCGAUGACAUAAGAGCAACUUUGGUGGACCAUGUCAUAAACCAUGGCCUGACUGUGAGGGAAGCUGGGCAGAGAGUCCACCCUAAUCUAAGCACUUGCACAGUUCCAUACAUAAUAAGGACAUUCCGACUGGAAAACAGAAUGACUAGAAGACCUUCUGGUGGUGGACGCCAACGCCUGUUCACCCAACAGCAGGAACUUGCCAUUGUGGACCUAGUCAGAGCAAACAAUGCAAUCCGUCUCCAGCAGCUACGGCAACAAAUACUUGCAGAUAGGCAAGUGUUCAACAACAUAAACCGAGUAAGCAUUACCACUAUAAGACGCAUCUUGGUAAAGCACAAAAUGAUCAUGAAGCAACUGUACAGGGUCCCAUUUGAGAGGAAUCAUAAUAUAGCUGUACAGGACAGACCAGAGCAGCCCAGGUUUGUUGUUAUCGGGGAUAAUGUCAGUUUCCAUCGGGCUGCUCUGGUCCGGACCUGGUUCACCAACCAUCAUCAAUUUGAAGUGGUAUACUUUCCCCCUUACUCGCCAUUUCUAAACCCUAUAGAAGAAUUAUUUUCGGCUUGGAGAUGGCGUGUAUAUGACCGCCAACCACAUGCCCGCAUGCCUCUUCUGCAGGCAAUGGAACAGGACUGCGGAGACAUUGAGGUGAGGUCAAUCCAUGGAUGGAUUCGGCACACAAGGGGAUAUUUUCCCCGAUGCCUAGCGGGAGAAGACAUUGCUUGCGAUGUGGAUGAGAUCCUGUGGCCAGACCUCAGACGGCAGGAUCCAUAA